UUUAUGAAGACUUAUUCAUAAAUACCUAAGACAGUAUUUAUUCCCUUAUUAAGUAGCGUUUCUUGGUUAUUUUAUAUUUUUAGCAACACAGUGAUAAUGCUUGGAAACAUCGAUAACCGUUCUUUAUUUUUGACAAUAGUGUUUGGCAAAAACUGCCAACACACCCCGCGUGUUGGCAAGGAAAAGUCUUGUUUUGCUGAUAGUGAUUCGAUUGAUGAUUAUUAAGUAUGAAGGGCGUCCCGCUUUCUAGAUCUUUGCAUUCUUUGGCGAAGAUCCUAUACUAGUGCGCUAGCGCCGCGUGCAUGGUAUGUCCCCAUAACAAAUACCGUGAAAUACCGUCAAAAGCAUUUUUGGGCAGCGCCUACGCGUUAUACGGCGGAUCUUUGUUGUUGAGUACGGUGUCUUUGCAAGCAUGCCUUUGUGUCAAUGAACAAGGUAGUGUUAUGCCUAACACGAGGUCAAGGCCCACGUCAUGAGGCUAGGCCAGGAAUCUGGAAUGUGUGGCCCUGAUGCCAUGGUUAUACCAUACAUACUGUGCAAAUAAUAACCGGUACCUUGCACUUCCAUUGCAGUUGCUAGUACUACUACUAGAGUAACACGAUCAUGGAAAAACUGCGCCUAAUCGGAAAAAGUGGAGCAUGCCUACUGUCGAGAUCUCUGACGCAACGAUACAAGAUGUCUAGUGCCACGCCUCUCUUGUUAACUCAGCAGAAACGCAACUACGCUGACCCUGGGAAAUACAUCCAAGUUGAGAGAGACACUGACCAUGAAGAAAUUGCUGUUGUGACGAUGAUGAAGAAUCCACGGAACAGCAUGACUAAAGAUUUCAUGACGGAGAUGAACACCACGUUGGAGAAACUGGAGAAUGACAGCAGCUGCCGUGGCGUUAUCCUGACAUCAUCCAUUCACGGUUUUUUCUCGUCGGGUCUCGAUGCCCCUGAGAUGUACCAGAAGUCACCGGAGUACAUCAGUGCCUUCUGGAGGUCUGUCCAGGAUCUCUGGAUGAGACUGUACGGAUCUCGGUUGGUGACUGUAGCUGCCAUCAAUGGCUAUUGCGCUGCCGGGGCGUUGAUGAUGGCAUUGAGUUGUGACUACAGAGUCUUGGCUGCGGGCAACGUCAAAAUAGGUCUCUAUGCUGUAAACCUGGGUAUAGUCUCUCCAUUCUGGUUCAAAGAGUUGUUGGUUAAAACCUGCGGCGAGAGACAAGCGGAGAUGAUAUUACAACUCGCCAACCUCUUCACACCAGAGCAGGCGUUGAAGAUCGGUAUGGUGGAUGAGGUCGUACCCGUGGAAGAUGUCGUCAACAAGGCUCGGGAAGAACUGGUGAAAUGGCUGAUGGUACCAGAUGGUGCGAGAGUCAUCACCAAGGGGAUGUGCCGGGGUCCGCUCGUGGAGAAAGUACGGGCCAAGCAGGAGGAGGAGAUUGCCACCUUCACCGAGUUUAUCAACAAGGAUGCUGUCCAGAACGCUAUUGGGCGGCUUAUGGCAACAAUUAAAGACGGUGGGAUCGCCAAGUUCAUCGAGUCUGUCAAGUCCACCUAUCGUUGCAGGAUGGAGAAACUGCGUGCAAUCGGAAAAAGUGGAGCAUGCCUGCUGUCGAGAUCUCGGAGUGCAUCACAAGUAUACAAGAGGUCUGGUGCCACGCCUCUCUUGUUAACUCAACAGAAACGCUACUACGCUGACCCUGGCAAAUACAUCCAGGUGGAGAGAGACACUGACCAUGAAGACAUUGCCAUUGUGAGGAUGAACAAGAAAGCCAACAGUCUGUGCAGGGACUUCAUGAGAGAGUUGAUCAUCACGCUGGAAAAACUUGAAAAUAACCAGAGCUACCGAGGGGCCAUUCUGACUUCUGCCCAGCCAGGUAUUUUCUCAGCCGGUCUUGACAUCAAUGAGUUGUACCAGAAGUCAGACGACUACACGCGAACCUUUUUUGAUACAGUCCAUGAACUCGUUCUGCGACUGUAUGGGACAGAUCUGGCAAUGGUUGCAGCCAUUAAUGGCCAUGCUCCCGCGGGUGGCUGUAUGUUGGCGUGCUUUUGUGACUACAGGAUCAUGUCCCAGGGCGACUUCAUCAUAGGACUCAAUGAAACAAUGCUGGGUGUCGUGGCGCCAUACUGGCUGCAGGAGAUGCUGGCUAACCUAUGCGGAAAGAGACAAGCAGAGAUGGAUGUACAAAAAGGCACACUACAUACGCCAGAGGAAGCGUUGAAACUCGGCAUGGUGGAUGAGGUCGUACCGCCAGAAGAUGUCUUCAACAAAGCUCGGGAAGAACUGGUGAACUGGCUGAAAAUACCAGAUCGUGCUAGGACCCUAACCAAGCAGAUCCAAAGGGGCGCACUGUUGGAUAAACUACGCGCUAGGCUCGAAGAACAAGCUGCCUUUGAAGCUGAGAAUAUCAACAACCCUAUCACCCAAGAAGUCAUAGGGGGGUACCUGUCUAAACUGAAGAGCAAAAAGCUGAAGCAUAAAUAAAUUGGCGAAUAGUAUAGCUCAGCACCAUCGAUAUCCGAAUUUAAAAUAAUCCAUAUAUCGGAAAUCCAGUAUCGAGAAUAUUCAAUUUAUCGAUUAUCCCAUGCAAAUGUUAAAGACCAUAAAGAUGACACUUUGAUAAAAAAAAAAAAACCCAAUCUUUCA